GUUUUAGAGCUGGCAACACUGCAUGCCUGUCACUUCAUUAUGUAAAAUCCCUAAAUCCCGCACAAAAAAUGGAUCUUUUGACUAAAAAUAGGAGAAAUUCGUGAAAGCGUGGUAAAAUAACAGUUUCAGUGGUCGGAUUUGUGGCGAUGAGCGACAAAAAAGGGGACAAAUUCAACGAUCACGGCAAAGAUCAAUCUCGAGACAGAUCCAGAUCGCCCCACAGAAGGCCGGAAAAUGUGUCGCUUGAUGCUAAGAAAAGGUUAAAAACCAUGGGAAUUCAAAUGAAAUUGAGUUCACAAAAGCAAACCGCGAAGCCCAAACUGACCAUCGCGGCAGCUUUUAACCAAGAAAGUGACGAGGAGCCCGAGGAAAUGCCGCCAGAAGCCCGAAUGAGGAUGAGAAAUAUCGGACGGGAUACCCCGACGUCCUCGGGCCCCAACUCCUUUGGGAAAACCAAACAAGGAUUCUCAGACUCGAAAAAGCCGUUUGAUAAAAGCCCGGAGAGGGUCGAUAACACAACUAAAUAAUUAGCACAGCUACCUGAAUGCGUUUUGCAAUAAUUUAUUAUUUUUAAUUAAUUUAUGUCUGAAGAAAUAAACAACUCAGUAAGA